AUGGUUUUGAAACAGACUCAUUAUGCCGCUACGGCAUCGUUUUUCUCCACCCUACUGCUUCUCAAACUCCUCCCAACAGUUGUCUCCGUCGUCCCGAACAACAAAACAUCACCGCUGGACGCAUGGAUUCAGAGCAACAUGAAACACUACUCAGCAACCAAAUCGUUUGGGCAGACCCUCAAAACGACCGACGACGAGGGUAGCGGCGGCAAUAAGGUGAUAAAGGUCAGAAAAGACGGUUCCGGAGACUUCAAGACGGUGACCGAGGCCGUGGAGAGCGUCCCAUCAGGAAACUCACAGCGAGUGAUUAUAUCGAUUGGUCCGGGUACGUAUACGGAGAAGAUACAAGUUGAAAAGUCGAAGCCGUACAUCACGUUUUACGGGGAAUCGGGAAACAUGCCAACGCUAUCGUUCGCCGGUACAGCCAAGAAAUACGGUACGUAUUACAGCGCCACGGUGACCGUGGAGUCUGACAACUUCAUGGCCGUCAACAUUGCCUUUGAGAAUUCAGCCCCGGCUCCAGAUCCUCGACAGAAUGAUCAACAGGCGGUGGCAAUGAGGAUAGCAGGAGACAAGGCAGCAUUUUACAAUUGCAAGUUCAUAGGUUACCAAGACACCUUAUUCGAUGAUCAGGGCAAGCAUCUCUUUAAAAACUGCCUCAUCCAAGGCACCGUUGAUUUCAUCUUUGGAAAUGGCAAAUCCGUCUACACGGGAACCACAAUAAAUUCGGUAGCAAAGGGAUUGGGGACGAUAACAGCACAAGGAAGGGAAGAUGCUAGCGAUGACAGCGGAUUCGUAUUCCUCCAUUGCAAGAUACAGGGAACAGGCGAUACAUACCUUGGUAGGGCAUGGAGGAAGAUGCCCAGAGUCGUGUUUGCUUAUACUGAGAUGGGUAGUCUCAUCGACAAGGAAGGCUGGUCUGAUAAUGCAAGCGGCCAGUCCUCUGACGAAAUGUAUUAUGGAGAGUACAAGUGCACAGGACCAGGGGCAAGCUCCUCAGGACGCGCCAAAUUUGCAAAGAUUCUUAGUGAUGAUGAAGCAGCACCCUUCCUGAGCACCAGUUUUAUUGACGGAAGCGAGUGGAUUCAAGGACCUCCCAGCCUGUGAGCAUCAAAUUAUUAUACCAACGUACAGGGAAUGCAAACGACAUGCAUAUAUAUUAUUAUAUGCAUAUAUAGGAUCGAUGUUCGUCCUCAUCGUUGUGACAAACCAAACCUGGUACUUGGGAUUGGUAAAAUGUAAUUGUUUGACAUGAUUCUAGCUUUCUUGUAAUGACAAAAUAAUUUAGUCAAUUAAAUAAGGGAUGUCCAAUCCCGGCAAUUAGGAUUCCCUCCAAUUUCAACCCCAAAUUGUAAGAAAUUCAGGCAAGAAAUGAGAGAGAUGGAGGCCAAGA